GGGCAAAUGUUGAGAGCCCUGGUGCGCUGGAAAAAAAAAAGUUUGAGAUAAAAAAUUUUUUCUCUGCGCUCACCCUGAUCGUUUAAAUACCAGGAGUCUGCUUUUGCGGCCGCGCCUGCCCUUCUUUUCGUUCUUGUAACUACACCUUUUUCUUCGUCUUCUUAUCCCCUCUCUAUUCGGGCUCGGUCCUUCUGAAGGAAGUCUCUUCUUACAAAAACAACUACACACAAAAUGGCUGAGGAGUACAACGGCGCUAUCGGUAUCGAUCUGGGUACCACCUACUCGUGCGUUGCCGUCUGGGAGGGCGAGCGCGUCGAGAUCAUUGCCAACGAGCAGGGUAACCGUACCACCCCCUCGUACGUCGCCUUCAACGACAGCGAGCGCCUGGUUGGUGACGCUGCCAAGAACCAGUCGGCCAUGAACCCGCGCAACACCGUCUUCGACGCUAAGCGCCUCAUCGGCCGUCGCUUCGACGACCCGUCGGUCAAGCGUGACGUUCAGAACUGGCCGUUCAAGGUCGUCGAGCGUGACGAGCAGCCGUACAUUGAGGUCCAGUUCCAGGGCGAGGCCAAGACCUUCUCGCCCCAGGAGAUCUCGUCGAUGGUGCUGAUCAAGAUGAAGGAGAUUGCUGAGGCCAAGCUCGGCAAGACCGUCAAGAAGGCCGUCAUCACCGUGCCCGCCUACUUCAACGACGCCCAGCGUAACGCCACCAAGGACGCCGGUGUCAUUUCGGGUCUCGAUGUCCUGCGCAUCAUCAACGAGCCCACCGCCGCUGCCAUUGCCUACGGUCUGGACUCGAAGCAGAAGGAGGAGCGCCAGGUGCUCAUCUUCGAUCUCGGAGGUGGUACCUUCGAUGUGUCGCUGCUGACCAUUGCCGGCGGUAUCUUCACCGUCAAGGCCACCGCUGGUGACACCCACCUUGGUGGUGAGGACUUUGACCACACCCUGGUCGAGCACUUCAAGGAGGACUUCAAGCGCAAGCACAAGAAGGACAUCUCGGACGACCCCCGUGCCCUCCGCCGUCUGCGCACUGCCUGCGAGCGCGCCAAGCGCACCCUGUCGUCGCUGGCCCGCACCACCAUCGAGGUUGACUCGCUGUUCGAUGGCGUCGACUACCAGGCUUCGAUCACCCGCGCCAAGUUCGAGGAGCUCAACUCGGCUCUGUUCCAGAAGACCGUCGACCCCGUCGCCCAGGUCCUCAAGGACGCCGGUGUCACCAAGAAGGACGUCUCGGAGAUCGUCCUUGUCGGUGGCUCGACCCGUAUCCCCAAGGUCCAGUCCCUGCUGCAGGAGUUCUUCGACGGCAAGGAGCUGAACAAGUCGAUCAACCCCGACGAGGCUGUCGCCCACGGUGCCGCCGUCCAGGGUGCCGUCCUCACCGGUACCGCUGACCCGUCCAAGACCGACGACCUGCUUCUGCUCGAUGUCGUCCCCCUGUCGCUCGGUGUCGAGAUGCAGGGCGGUGUCAUGGGUGUCGUUGUUCCCCGCAACACCUCGAUCCCGACCAUCAAGAAGCGUGUGUUCACCACCACCACCGACAACCAGACCUCGGUCGAGUUCCCCAUCUACGAGGGUGAGCGCCCCAUGACCAAGGACAACAACCUGCUCGGUAACUUUGACCUCAACGGUCUGAUCCCCGCCCCCCGCGGUGUGCCCGAGCUCGAGGUCACCUUCGACAUCAACGCCGACGGUAUCCUCAAGGUCACCUCGGUCGACAAGGCCUCGGGCCGCAAGGCCAACAUCACCAUCUCCAACUCGACUGGCCACCUGUCGGCUGCCGAGAUCGAGCGCAUGGUCAGCGAGGCUGCCCAGUUCGCCGAGGAGGACAACAAGAAGCAGGAGGCUAUCCAGGCCAAGAACGACCUCGAGGCUGCCAUCCACCAGGUCGAGAGCACCAUGUCCGACAUCAAGGUCGAGGCCCGCCUGAAGCGCGCCGACCGCGAGGCCAUCGAGAACGCCAUGGGUGAGGCCAUGGAGUGGCUCGACGUCAACGGUGCCACCGCCGGUAAGAACGAGAUCUCUGCCGCCCAGAAGCGUCUUGAGCGCGUUGUCAACCGCGCCUUCCAGUCGCUGUACAAGCGCUAAGCAGGCUUUCUCUUUUUACUUCUAAACCUCUCGUAUCAUACGCAAUUGGAUCUAAAAAAUUAUUUUGAACAUCGGCGAUCCCCACAGGGGCAUCCAUCGGCAGCGAUAUCUGCAUGUAUCACGCGGCGCCUAUGUUAUCGGUGAUUU